CGCGCCCGGCGACGUCAUCUUCCCCGCGCCGCCGCCCCGCCCAGCUCCCGGCCUUCGGUCCCGCUGCGCCGCUCUGCUGACCGUCGCCCGCCGCCACCAAAAUGUCUACAGGUGCCCCUGCAGGUUCAAGUGCUGCCUCCAGCAGCAGCCGAAGACUUCAGCAGACACAAAAUCAAGUCGAUGAGGUGGUGGACAUCAUGAGAGUCAACGUGGACAAGGUGUUGGAAAGAGACCAGAAGCUGUCGGAGUUAGAUGACCGCGCAGACGCGCUACAGGCAGGAGCAUCCCAGUUUGAAACGAGCGCCGCCAAGUUGAAGAGAAAAUACUGGUGGAAGAACUGCAAGAUGUGGGCCAUAGGGAUUGUCGUCGUGGUCGUCGUCAUCAUCAUCAUCAUCGUGUGGAAUAUUUCCUCGUGAAGAACCAGUGCCGCUCCAGCCUGCCGUUCAAGAAACCUCUUCAAGACGUUUGACUUAGAACCCGCUAUAUUCUCGAGCUCGCCUUCUGUUCUGUCUAAGCUGAUUAGUUUCUGUUUGUUACUGUAAAGUUGAAUUUCUAGGCCAUGUGCCUUUGUGAUGUCAUAAACACUCUGAACUUGAAGUGCGGCCGCCGAGCCCACGCCCGGCCCUGUACCUUCACAGAUGGCCAAGUGGCUGAUGAAGAGCGUCUCUUAACUUCCUGAGUGUCAUCACCUCGAAGUAAGGUUGUCUGAGGAAUUGCCGUUAAUUCCAGUUAAGGGAAUUUGUUCCAAGCUAGCCAUCCCUGCCGUAUGACAUCUUCAGAACCACAUUCUAAGCCUUUAGGUAAUCAGAUUUCCAGUUUGUGCCUUACAGAAAGAACACUACUGCCUAAGCAAAUCUGUAACAGUAACAGGUUGUGCCUUAUUUUGCUAUUUUUCGGAUUCCCUAGAAGAGAACUUUCUACUGUUUAUAAGCACUACUGACUCUUGAGCUGUAUUUAAAAAUAAGACGUGGAUAAAGAGUUUCUGCUCUUACAUUAGA